CGGGUGUCGUUUAUGCUGGACUUGGUACAAAGUUGUUGAAGCAGGUAAGAAGUCGGCCUCGUCAUUAGCGCUGACACCACUGCAAGACCAGCUACCGCUAGUUCGCCCCACCAUCCAUGAGCAAUGGCUACCGACGCAGCUUCGCAUUCGGCGUCCAUAUCCAACUUGUCGCCUUUCAACCAAUCCAAUCACAUAGACUUGACACUAGAUGACGAUGAUCCGCGCCAUUCUGCUGCUGGAACGCAGGGUUCUUCGUUGCACAGACAAGAUUCUACCGCUUUGUCACCCAGGCAGACUACGUUCUUUGACCCGAUACGCUCUGCAGUCCAGCAGCAGUACCACCAGCAUACGCCUUUCCACACCCCCAAGUUUCCUGUGUCACCGUCCACAUCCCACCCAUCACAGCAACCUACUCAGUCGUACCCUUCGGGGCAUCCAUCGACCCCAUUCCGACCGAGCUUUGCAGGCCCUUCGGCCUCGCACUCCUUUACUUCUCAUGCUCCACGCUCACAGGGCCUCUUUCCUCCAUCGUAUUUUUCUCCGCCGACACCGCCCGCAUUGUUAAACAAUGUUCCUAGUCGACCGCCGCCCUUCACGCAACCUAAUGAUCACAUCAUCGACCUUACAAACUCUCCUUCUCCUCCUUUGUCCCCGCGCCUGCAUCCAUCCUUGUGCACCGCAUUGUCUGAUGAUCUUCCGCCCAAGACCCCUGUUUGCAUCGGACAGCUUACCGUUACAGCCCUGGUCCUUUAUCCAGUGCCUUAUAUUCAGCUGCAGGACCCAGCCCGAACUGAAGGUGAUUGGGCAAGUGUUCGUUUACAGUACGAAUACAACCCACAAAAGGCUCCGGCUUCCGAAACCAUCCAUAUCAAGACUCCGCAUAUCAGAGGUUCAAGCGAAGCACCCCAGGGAGAAGGUUUCGCUGUCGUCGAACAAAGGGUUGCAUCCCAGCUUGGCCCAAUGCUAGGCAAAGGCCUCAUCCGACUGGAUGCCAAAGUGCGCCGCGACUACGGUAAUCCCCCUAUAUUGCCCUUGCAGAUGCUCAUUUACACACCGAAAGGAAAUAUUACCGCCGUUGGCAAUUUUCUGUCCCAAUGCGGCCUGUACCUUGAUCAUCCCUCAGACCCCUCAAAGCUGGCCAACUGUCAUUAUUACAAUCCGCAUAACCCGCCGCUCGGAGGAUUCCGCCAAUCGCCCGUGUCUGGGCGUGUCCAUUACGCAGGUCCUGGUGGUAGUAGUUCACGCUGGGGUACUCCGGCAGCGUCGGGAAAGACAUUGGAAAUUCAAAGAAGCCAGGUCGACGAGUUGUUCAAGAAUUUAAAAAGUGGCGACGAACUCGCUGAAACUGAACCCGCGUUCGAAGUCGGCACUCCACUCUAUCCCCACCAGAAGAAAGCGCUUACCUUUCUUCUUGAGCGCGAACGGGAGAGGUGUUGUUCCGACGGACGGUACUCGUCCCUGUGGCAGCCCAGAUUUGAUUCCCACGCUGGACAGCAGUCCUGGUUCCACAUUGUCACCCAAAAAGAGGUUUUUCAAGAACCAGUGGAAGCUAGAAGUGCUAUCUUAGCUGAUGACAUGGGCCUAGGGAAGACAAUAACUUGUGUCUCCUUGAUCGCUGCCACAUUAGAUUCUGCCGAUGCAUUUGCCUCUUCACCAUUGGAGGUUCCCCCACCUCCCCCAGAGCGCAAUCGGAACGAGGACAUACUGUCCGUGGCCCAUUUUGCCGGCAGCGUUUGGGGUAUGCCCGAUAUUCCCGAAACCAUCACUGUAACUUCUUCCAAGGGAAAGGCGAAAGCAGUGAAGGAACAGGAUAAGGCUGAAGCCGAGUACGCGCGAGCUUGUCGCAUCAAAGCGAAAAGUCGCGCUACACUUAUAAUUUGCCCACUAUCUACGGUCUCAAACUGGGAAGACCAGUUCAGAGAGCAUUGGCGAGGGGAUGUAUUUGUUGUUGGCGGAGGCGGAGUGAGCUGUUCAGCGGCUGUGUCAGUGUCUGCCUCGGGGAGUUCGACACCACCUGCAUCCCAAACGCCUUCCACGCAGUUUGAAAUGACUGGCAGCGCAAAAUGUCAUCGUCUGCGGGAGGGGAGGCCGUUACGGGUGUACAUAUAUCAUGGAAAUGCUCGUCGGCCUGAUAUUGCUUUCCUCGCGGAUUUCGACGCUGUUAUCACGACAUAUGCUACCCUGGCUUCGGAAUACUCAAGACAAAACCGUAAGACCGUCUCUACUGAAGCAGAUGACGACGAUGACGGAAGUAGCGAUGGGGGUCUUGGAGGCAAUGACACCGACCCUGGCGUCACGCGAGCUAAGCCCAAGAGGGCAGGCAUGAAACGGAAGAAAUCAUGCUUUACUUUAGGUGGAUCGACUGAAGCCACCAGUCCAUUGCAGAUGAUUCACUGGUUCAGAGUUGUUCUUGAUGAAGCUCAUUCCAUCAAAGAAACAGCAACUGUUGGCAGCCGUGCCUCGUGCGAUUUAAUGGCUCAACGUCGCCUCUGUUUGACUGGUACACCAGUUCAGAACAAGCUCGAUGAUGUGUUUGCUUUGAUCAAGUUUCUGCGCUUAGACCCGCUCGAUGACAAGAAUGUCUGGACGGAGUAUAUCGGUACUCCGGUGAAGUACGGCCAGUCACUGGGAGUCGUACGACUGCAAACUAUCAUGAAGUGCAUCACACUUCGUCGUACAAAGGACUCCAAAGCUUCUGACGGGAAGAAAAUCCUCAGCCUCCCACCUCGGCGCGACGAACUUCGUUACCUGAAAUUCGAGCCUCAUGAACAGGUCAUUUAUGACCAGUUCUUCAGGGAAUCCAAGGCAGAAUUCAACGAACUCUCAAGCAAGAACGAAGUGAUGAAAAACUACGUUGGUAUUCUCCAGAAGAUCCUGAGGCUGCGGCAGAUUUGCGACCACUUCGAGCUUGUAGAGGGCAAGGGACUUGGAGAAGUUGCGUCAGCUGAUCCUGGCAAUUAUGAGGACAUCGUUGCCGCCAUUGAACGUGAUGGGCUGAAUUCACAUUAUGCAGCAGCGAUCGUAAUGCUACUCCGCGAGGCUGGGACAUCGCAAUGUGUCGAAUGCGGAGAGGAACUUUGUACCCAUGGGGAACGUGAACAGAUGACCGAUGGAGGGAUGGGCAUGGACGUCGAUGGUCCCUCAGCACCGAAGCGCGGCAAGAAAGCCAGAGGUGUCCUAUCCCGUGCUCCUACAAGACCCAGCAGUCCUUCAACACCGUGUCUGGUCUUAACCCGCUGUCUACACCUGUUCUGUUUGUCAUGCUUCCGGCAAUGUAUAUGGCCUGGCUGGCCCGACGUCCCACCUGAUGCGUACCACGGUUGCUCUGCCUGUCAAACAGAACUGUCGCCUCAAGAUGUUAUUCAGGUUCGUCCAGACUGCUCGCCACAAGACCCUGCACCGAGGAAGAAAACAGUAAAACGGGAAAAGAGACAGAAGAGUAUUGGCAUAGAGAAGUUUCAGCCGUCUACCAAAGUUAGAGCACUACUUGGGGAUCUCAUCCAGUUUUCGAAGAUGAACCCCUAUUCUGCAAAUUAUGACCCAGAGUCCAUCGAAGUACAAAUGGUGGAUGGCGACGGAAAGCGUGUGGAUGAUUAUGUGACAAAAACGGUCGUAUUCUCUCAGUGGACCUCAAUGUUGGACAAAGUGGAAGACGCCCUAGAGGCGGCAAGCAUUCGGUAUGACCGACUAGACGGAACCAUGAAACGUGACGAACGAACACGAGCAAUGGAUGCCCUGAAGUAUGAUCCAACUUGUGAAGUUCUUUUAGUUAGCUUGAAAGCCGGUGGCGUCGGCCUCAACCUUACUGCUGCGCAGCGUGUUUACUUGAUGGACCCUUAUUGGAACCCAGCUGUAGAGAACCAAGCUGUGGACCGCAUUCAUCGACUCGGACAAACGCGGCCUGUCACCACCGUCAAGCUUAUCAUAGAAAAUUCAAUCGAAGACCGGCUUUUGGAAGUUCAAAGGAAGAAAACAGAAUUGGCCAACAUGACUUUAGGUCAGACCGUCAGCAAAGCUGAGCUAUUACAGCGGCGGAUGGAGGAAUUGCACCAGCUGUUUGGCACGUAAAUUACUGAAAUCGUCCUCCCCGCCCUUCCCAAUACUCACUGGUAGCUAGUAAUGUACGAUUGUAAUUCACUACAUGUAGAGCAACGCUGC